AUGUCUGUUGUGAGUCAAGGAAUUCGAGACUUUGUAAAUAAGGCCAUAAAAGACAAUAAAGUGAUGAUCUUUAGUAAAUCAUAUUGUCCUUACUGCAUAAGGGCCAAAGACUUAUUUGACGAUAUUGAAGUGGAUUAUAAAGCUUUAGAACUAAAUGACCACAAAGAUGGGGAGGCUAUUCAAACAGUCUUGAAAGAAUUAACAAAUCAAAAUACUGUUCCUAAUAUAUUUAUUAAUCAACAUCAUGUUGGUGGUUCAGAUUCAUUAAGAUCUGCCUUAAAAUCUGGUAAACUAGAAAGACUUUUUAAAGAGGCAGCGAUUAAUUAUUCAAAACUCAAAUAA